CCAAAACAUGUACCCUAGAAGCCACGCCCCCUUUCAUGCAGCACCCGUCGGAAGUUGGUGUGUGAAGUGGAGUUAAAAACGGGAUGUUGAGGUAGCUUUUAAACUCUUCGACAUUUCUUUGGACAGUUGUUAUAUUCUGUUGCAGACACAGAAGAACGUCUACUGGGCAGUAUGUUGGAGUGCGGCAUGCAGGAGCAGGACAGACGGGCUCUGCAGAGAAACACUGCUGUCCUCUGCAAACAGCUGGUGGUGGACGAGCUGCUCAUUCAGCUCCUACAGGCGGACAGCAUCCUGACUGAGAGCAUGGCCGAGGGCAUCAUGGCCGAGCAAACAUCUCAGAAGCGAAGCUUUCGUUUGCUCCUUCUCCUGCUGAAGCGAGGGCCCAGAGCCUUCAGCGUCUUCUGCUCAGCGCUGCAGGAAACUGAGCAGCAGCACCUGUAUGACCUGAUCAGACAAUCAACAGAACAAUAUAGCAAGGAGACAUCUGUAAAGAGGUCAGUGGACUCUUCUCUUCCACUUUCCACUCAAGAGGAGCCGAAUGCCAAGAGAGCGAGGACACAGGAGUCCAUGGAGCUGAGUCUGGAUGCAGACAGUCCCAUCAAAACGCCCGUGCUCCCGUGCUCUCAAGCCUUUUACCUCUCGCACUUCCAGCAGUCCUACAGAGUUAGUUCGUCUCCUCGUGGCUUGGCGCUGGUGAUAAGCAAUGUGACCUUUGACCCCUGCGCUGCGCCUGAUCUUGACACGAGGAAGGGAGGAGAGGUGGACGACGAUGUCCUGAGGAAGGUCUUCACAGAGCUGGACUACAAGGUCACCGUCCACAGAGACCUCACCGCUCAGGACAUGAGGACGUGCAUUGAGAGCUUCACCCGGCGGCCGGACCACCAUUCGGGGGACAGCAGCGUUGUGUGUCUGCUCUCACACGGGGUGGAGGGGGCGAUAUACGGUACAGACGGACAACUCCUACAGCUGGACUGGGUGUUUGAGUCCUUUGACAACGCGCACUGUCCGCUGCUACAGAACAAACCCAAGAUGUUUUUUAUUCAGGCCUGCAGAGGAGAGGAGAUGGACUGUGGCGUGGAGCAGAUUGACGGCCCGAUAAGGACCUGCUCCCCCAGCUGUGAGCAGAGAGACGCUGGGAGGGAGGUGGAUGCCUCCUCCAGGCAGAGGGGGGGGCUGGGGAGGAUCAAACUGCCCCAGCGCUCUGACAUGAUCUGUGGCUACGCAUCGCUUAAAGGUCAGAGCAUUUGCACGGCAGCCAUGAGGAACACGAAGAGAGGGUCGUGGUUCAUUCAGGAGCUGAACUCCUCCCUGCGCCUCAACGCCAGAGACACUCACCUGGCAGACAUCCUGGUGCAGGUGAACGGGCAUAUUAAGGAGCGGGAGGGUUACGCCCCCGGCACCCGCCACCACCGCUGCAAAGAGAUGUCGGAGUUCACCAGCUCUUUGUGCAAAAACCUCUAUUUUUUCCCCAAGUACCACCCGCAGUAUUGACAUGCAAAUAACCACAAAACAACACACACACACACACACACACACACACACACACACACACACGGAGCAUUCCUAGCCACUACAGUUCAUUCCACUCCAAUUACUGCCACACACCCGCACAUUCCUCUGUUAUAACUUCAUUUAUAUUCUCCGUGUAAAUCCAUACACUCUCGUUAAAAAAAACGGAAAGGGAAACAGAGCCAGCUUAUGUUAAUCCACAUGUACUCGGAAAUGUUCAAUGUAUGAGUACACAACUAACUCCUGUCUGUGUGUGUGUGUGUCUAUGCCAGUUAGAGGGUUUAGUUGAUAAUCCUUUUUUAGUUUUGUAUUCCUACUGCACAGCUACUUUGAGGAAUCACUCUCUCUCCCUUUUGAAAAAUGUAUUUUCUACACAGGUCUAUUUUUGUUGCUUUAUUUUGUACGAGAUAGUUUUUAUAAGGAUGUUUAAGCCCAUCCUCUUUAUUUGUAUAUAAUGUUUUAUUGUAAUUUCGUGUUUUUCGCGUAGUGACAGGCAGGGGGCAGCACAUCGACUCUUUUUCCAUCAAUGUUAUCCCUUAUGUUUAAACAUGAUCUUUGUUGUCAUGAUUCCAGCUUUUAUUUUUCGGUUGAAAUAGGCUGAAGUGAUGAUUUACCAGUUUCUUUGUGCAGCAGAAACAAAUCUGUUCUCACAUGUUUUCCCUUAAGAAGAGGGAAAACCAAACAGGGCAGCUUCAAAACAAGACCUUGAAAUGUUUCAUUUAUUUUUACGCUUUUGUUUGACGACGUUCAACCAGAAAAAAAUCUGCUUUUUAAUCCUAAAUGUCCCCCACUGUAUAUUUCAGCGAUGUGUUACUGUAGAUGUGUCAGGGUGGGGGCUGUGGUGCUACUUAUGGGGUCUUCCUCCAACCGUGUGACCUUUACGCUGACUCCUAAUAGUGUCUCUCCUUAUGUGGGAGCUGCACUUGUUUUGACUGUAGCUCAUACAGUACGGAUGUAUUAGUCUUCCAUUAACAAUAUGCAGUUUUUCUACCGCAGCCUGUGCCAUGUGACGACGACCUUUAAGACGAAUGUAUGACCGUGGAGCUUUCAGAGAAUAUUGAAUAUGUUUGACAAUCCAUUCCUGAAGGCUGUGUGAGCAUUGAUGUUUCCCAGGAAAGCCCGGAAGUGUGUGUUACAGCAGUGUUGUAGUAAAGGAAGAGUUGAUAUGGUCCAGGCAGUAUUGAAUGUUAAUCAUCUGUAAAGCUGUGUGUGAGGCGCUUGGGUUCAAGUUAACCCCGGUCUGGAAGGGGCUCACCUUUCUUAUUUUUGUUUUCUGUAAUAAUCCAAACCCAAACAUCCGAGUGGUGUAAGAGGUUUACUCUGCUGCAGGGGGAGACUGUUUGAAGGUGGAUGUUUGCUGCCAAAGCUCUGCUGUCGGUCCAAGAGAUUUUAUUUCUGUCCAAACCAAUGACUGCCAAAUGUUCCACACAAUAAACGGGCCAAUGAUUUAUAAA